GAUGUCCAGUAACUUGAUCAAAGUACACCAAGUUCCUUGAUUACAGUACCUUCUGGAUGAAAUCCAGGGAAACGAUUGUGGAGUGAGCAGUCCGUGUCAACUUUCCUGAAUUGGUGUCAUUGCCAUAUGCCUUUGGUAACGGCCCUUUUGCCGGGGCCUUAAUGAGAGCGGACGUAUUUAAAAGAACUGGGAUGUGUGUGAAUGCUGUAUUACAGCACAUUUCACUCCCAUUCAGCUCGUUGUUGUAUCAUAUCCCCUAUCAGCCAUGUCUGCCAGAACAAGCAAGCUUUUCGAACCUAUUCAAGUUGGCGAUCUCAAGCUCAAUCACCGAGUUGUUCUGGCUCCUCUCCUUCGUCUUCGUGCGAACGAUAAACAUGUUACCAUCAGCGAACUCUCAUCGGUAUACUAUAGCCAGCGGGCCAGUGUUCCCGGGUCUCUGUUGAUCUCUGAAGCUACGUUGAUUCAUCCAAGAGCUGGCGGCUUCUCCAAUGUUGCAGCAUUGGAGACGGAAGAGCAAUUGGCGGCAUGGAAGAAGGUUACAUAUGCCGUUCAUGAAAAGAAAUCAUAUAUUUUCUCGCAGUUGUGGGCACCGGGGCGAGCAGCAAAUCCGGACAUUCUAGAGAGUGAAGGCUUUCCAUAUGUGGCCGCCUCAGAUAUUCCACUCGGCAAUAAGCCAAAACCUCGUCCACUCACCUCUGCCGAAAUCAGGGAAUAUGUUCAGUUCUUUGCCACAGCCGCAGCGAAUGCAGUCGACAGGGCUGGUUUCGACGGUGUUGAAAUCCAUGGCGCGAAUGGAUAUUUGAUUGAUCAAUUCCUACAAGAUGUGAGCAACAACCGAACAGACGAGUAUGGUGGUUCGAUAGAAAAUCGAGUACGCUUUGCUCUGGAAGUUAUAGAUGCUGUCGUGAAAGCCGUUGGGCAGAAGAAAGUUGGUAUUCGGCUCAGUUCUUGGGGAACAUACGGAGACAUGAGAAUGAAGGACCCAAUCCCGACGUUCAAAUACUAUGUCAGUCGUAUAAAGGAACUCUAUCCAGAACUCGCCUAUAUUCACGUGGUCGAACCACGAGUGAGCAGUAACACUGAUCGCGAAGCUGAAAAGGGCGAGUCCAAUGAUUUCCUGCGGGAAAUCUGGAGGCCUUGGCCGUUCAUUAGUGCUGGUGGAUACAACCGUGACGUUGCAUUGGAAGCCGCUAACAGGACCGGCGACCUCAUCGCCUUCGGACGAUACUAUAUCUCCAACGUGGGUGCCUUUUUCUUUGAUUCCUCUGGUGGUGUGUUAUCUAGGUUCUUGUAUUCUGCCUUCGUUCACAGCCCGAUCUACCUCUACGACUGAAGGCAAACGUACCUCUUACGCCUUACGAUCGAUCCCUGUUCUACAAAAAGGAAAGCCCUAUAGGUUAUAUAGACUACACGUUUGGCGUUGGCGUUGAUGAAGAAUUAAAUAAAUGGGGACUUCGACACCACUAAGUAGUCGAGAGGCGUAGUGUCCUACCAGUACACAGAAUAGGAAUACUCACUUACCAUAGAUAUUUGUAAACGAAAUGUUUGGAGUGAAUAUGUAGCUUACACUGCGCG